AUGCCGAAGAAGAACCCCAAGUCGAAACGCGCGGCCGCGAAAUCCGCCGCGCAACGCGCGGAAGAUGACGAGCCGCCGUCGCUAUCCAUCGCGACGGUCGCUCGCGCCGCGUCCGAAGCCGUGGCGGCCGACCUGAUGUCCGCCGCGGAAUCAAUGUCCGCCGAUCGACUGCGCGCCGAUGGCGUAAUUUCCUCCCUCCCUGCAAUCUCCGUCUCCGGUGGCGCCGCCGCAGUUUCCGCCGCAAAUGACGGCGCCGGCGUCGCCAUUGCCGUCGGCGGCCGGUCCAGAAGCCUUUCCGUCUCCCCUGCUGGUAGCCCAUCAGCCGUCGCUGCCGCCGCAACAGCCGCCGCAGGAACCGGCUUCACAGCUAAGAGUAACCUUGCAGCGAAGGCGAGCUUAACUCCUAGUCCCGGUAGCGCCAGCGGCGGCGGCGGGAGUGGCGGGAAAACGGGGAGGAAGCUCCGCGUGGGGCGGCAGCGAUCGUGGCUGCCACGUGGCAGCCCUUCAGCCGCGCAAGCAGCAUCUGCCAGCUCACCUUUCACAUCAGCCCCUUGGUCGAUGUGUCGGUUCCGCCUCGCCACUCUCCUCGAAGUCGCCUUCUCCUUCCUCCUCCUCUUCGUCACCCUCCUGCUGCACCGCAAUGGCUGCCUCUCCCCCUCCUCCCCCGCCUUCCCCCUCUGCUGGCGCAACCUGGGCGUCUCGCUCCCCCCAUCCCUCCGCCCAUCCUCCACCCCAUCCCUCCGCCAAUCCCUCCCCCCAUCUCUCGUGCAAGGAGUGAGAGGCGGGGGAGAAGGAAUGAGGGGAAGAAGAGAGAGUGGGGGAAUGCAGGGGGUGACGGAAGGGAUGGGGGGAAGGGGGGAGCGAGGGGGAAUUGUUAAUAUUCAGAGAGGAGAAGGGGACGCGUCAUUACUACGCGUGCUGAUGCCAGGCAAUGGGGGAAGCAGUAGUGGGAGCAGGGGGGAAGGGGGAAGGGGGAGGGGGGCCCUGGGGGAAGCAGAUGCAGCUGCAGCUGCUGCGUUGAUGGGGCGAGGGGGGGAGGAGGGGAGACGGAGUGGGGAGGGGGAAAGCAGGGGCGGGGGAAGUGAUGGGGGGCAAGGCGGGGAAGGGGAAGGGGCGAAAUUUCAGCAAUUAGCAGAAGGGGAAGGUCCGACUACGAGGAACGAGCCAGGGGGAGGGGGAAGGAGAGAGGGAGAGGGAGGUGAGGGGGAAGGGGAGGCGCAGCAUGGGGGGAGAAAGGGGGGAGACGAGUGGGUGUUGCGGCCUGAUGAGAAGUUCAUGUGGUUCGCCAGCCAUGGCGGAUUUGGUAACCAGGUGAUCCAGUUGGUGUGGGGCCUUCGCCUAGCAGGUCUUCUGAACCGAACGCUCAUCAUCCCACCCAAGCUCUCCCACUUCGCCAAGUCGUCUGGCAUCGGCCGGUGCGAUCGCAACCCCACCAAGCCGGACCGGACACGGCAUGAUGCUUGGGGUCACUACUCUGAUAUGAUGCGAGGGGGAAAGGGCUACGUGUCUAUGUCUGACGUGCUCGAUUUCAAGACUCUGCCGCCCGCUUUCAUCCGCACCAUUGAUCUGCGGCACUUUGCCGCCCGGUUCUGCCACUGUGACGUGGCACCAGCCUGCUACGGUGGCGCGUGUCGGCAGCUGACUCAUGGGAGGCACCACGACCCCCACUCACGUAAGGACGACAAGUGCAUGUGGGAGUGCGGGGCCAAGCUAGGGGCGCAGGGAGGGGCAAGUAAGAAAUGGAGGAAGGGGGGGGUGCUGUAUCCCAUCGACAACACGUGCAAGGACACUCUCUGGACCAUUGGCAAUUAUGCAAGUCUCAAAGAACUAGUGGCAGCAGUGGGGGAGAAAGAACCAGCAGUGCCGGCCUUUGCCCACAUCAACGUGAAGCACAACCGCAACGAGCCCGUGCUACUCAACGUCUUUGCCACUCUGGGAGAUUUGUCACCUGCCAAAGACAGCAAGGUGCUGGCCUUCCCUUCGCUCUUCCAUCCCCGCAUCGCAGACAUCAACCUUGAGUGGGACGACCGCGCGCAAGCAAUCAGAGAGGUGGGUGGAGUAAUACUUGGCCCCUGUGUCAAUGCCCUUCACUCCCCCUAG